AUGAAGUCUAGACAAAUGAAUGUAGAUGAGCAUGACAAUGAAAAUGUAGCAGAAAAACAAUCUCGUGAUAAAACUUGUCAAGUUGGAAAUGACAUUCUUGUUGAACCAGUUGUGCUGAUGGAUUCGUGA